GCGGCGUCUUGAUUUCUUCACAUUUACAGCAUGAUCUCUACGCGAUAAUUGAAGUAGAUGCGUAAAACGUAUCGUGCGGAUUAAGUGACGACCGAAUCAGGAAAGAUCCGCAGGAACUUUCAGUUUAUCAAUAACGGUACUUCAUCGUUAUUCUCGUUGGUAAAUAUCCUGGACACCGGUGUUACGAGAGGUUACGUCUCCGCGAGCGGGACAAAUGAAUCGAUUGUGGUAGUGGGAACAGAAAGAUAAGGGAUCAUGUCAAGAAAGUGGUUGUCGAAUUUCGCGCUAGCCGGUACCAUCAGAUUGCUGAUAAUGAACUCCGAGUACCAAAAGAUCAUCGGUAACCGUGUCGAGGUGUCGACUGCCUUAAACUCCUGGAAGAGAGUAACCGAAGGAGUUUAUCUGCAUAAAUUUGGCAUAGACCCAUACGAGGGAGAUCUAUUUCACGAGACUCCAAUUGGCUUAUAUGUGUUCACUCUGAUGCAGGAAUACUUACCUCAAUGGGCAUUAUUUCUACUAUUUGUUGUCGUUGACUUAACGACUGCCCUGUGCCUCGCUCAUGCAGCAAAACAUUACGCAUUUGAAUUGACAAUGAAAAAGAAAGAGGAAAAGGAUGAGAAGGAGCUUAGUAAAGAUGUUCCCAACACGUCUGCUCUGUACGUUUCCACAGCAUAUCUAUUUAAUCCAUAUAUAAUACUAAACUGCAUUGGCCUAACAACUACGGUUUUUACUAAUCUACUUUACUCAAUCGUGCUGGUGUCAAUGACGAGACGCUCUGUGCUUUGGAGUUGCGCAACGAUAGCGUUAUUAACAUUGCAAGGACUCUACCCCAUGUCACUUAUGGUACCGGCAACUAUUUACGUCGCUACUACGGCGAAGAACAGAAAAAUCAGUAUUGUUACGAUGCUAAUUGUAUUUACGAGCAUCCUGGCAAUCCUAUUUGCUGUUUCUUAUUGUAUCAUGGGAAGCUGGUCUUUCUUAUGGAGUACCAUUGGUUUCAUUCUAACUGUUCCGGACUUACGUCCGAAUAUCGGACUGUAUUGGUACUUCUUCACAGAAAUGUUCGAGCAUUUCAGAUGGCUUUUCAUCGCAUCUUUUCAGAUAAAUGUCAGUUUAUUGUACAUAGUCCCUCUAGCGCUACGGUUGCGACGUGAUCCAAUGUUACUGGCAUUUUCCUACCUGGCGAUAGCUGCCAUAUUCAAAUCUUAUCCAUGCAUCGGAGACGUGGGUUUCUAUAUAUCUCUACUGCCGCUGUGGAAACAUUUGUUCCAACAUAUGCAACAAGGAUUCAUUGUAGGUUGUUUUUUACUGUUUUGCACGGUCUUUGCCCCAACUGUGUGGCAUCAGUGGAUCUAUUCUAGGUCAGCGAACGCCAAUUUUUACUUUGGAGUAACACUGGCGUUCGCCAUAGCACAAAUCUUCCUUCUGACGGAUAUCUUAUUCGCCAGCGUAAAAUACGAGUUCGCAGUUCAGCACGGUAUCGAUAAGAAAAUUAAUGGGAAUGAGGCUAAACUGCUACUCGAGUAAAAUAGGCUUUUUUUAGAGCGAAAUGUACAAUACC